GGAAAUUAAUUGACACUGACCACCGAAUAAACCCCACUUGUCAAACAAGAGUCACAUCAUAAAUGAAGAAAAAUCAUAAUUACAAAAAAUUAUCCUUUUUCACAGACGAAGAAGAGCCGAGAAAGAUAACAAAAAGAGAGAACCCCCGAAAUUCUUGAACAGUAAACAAACACGGAGGCGGAAUCCGGCGACGGAGGAAGAGAACAGAGACGCGGCUGCUGAUGUCAUCUUUCAGGUGGGUUUCGAUGGAUCUGCCGUCGUACCUGACGUCAUCAUGGAUUUUCCGGUGGCCGGAGGUGGAUUUCUCGUACCUGAGCCUGUCGAGUCUGAGGAUGUCUGGUUUCUCCAUAAUCGACGACGUCUUGUGGAGCUUCGUCACCAUCGUUGAGUCUCUCGCUCUUGUCGCCAUGCUCUGUUGCUACUUCUUGCUCUGUGGCUGUACCCUCUGAUUGAUUCUCCGCCUUUUUUUUGUGUUCUUCUCUUCUGUGUGAUAUGGGUUUCUGAAAUAAAUUGUGGGUUUAGAUUUUAUUUUGGAAAAAAAAAAUCAUUGAUUUAGAAGCAUGAAAAGAUUGAGAUCGAAGAAAUAAAAUAAUGAGCAAUCA